CUUCUAAAACAAAAAGAAAAAAAUGUUUUUUAAAAUUUAUUUUCUUUAAGUGGCUGAUAAAUGAAAGAUCAAGUUUCAAAAGAGUUUUUCGAUCGGCUAUUCAACAGGUGAAGGGAGGGAGGGAAAGGAACGGAGGGUCCGCACCGUGCGACAGGUGAACGAGCAGCAAGCGAGUGGCGUCUUCGAAUACACACCGUCUAAUCCGCCGAUAUUUGAACACAGACAAAUAGCCGGGAGGUGAUUGUGGUUCGAAUGGAAGAAAAAAAAAAAAUUAAAAAAAUAAUAAGUAACAAGUGACGUCAUGGAAUUCAAAGACAUGAACACGUCACCGAUUGGUCGAUGAGUUUUGUGGUCACGGUCGUGGCGCCAUCUGGGAAAGAAAUGGCAAUGCGAAAACCAAAAAAAAAAUUGGUUUGCUAAAUUCUUGCGUCACCGUUUUUCCUAAUUUUCAGCAAAGACAAGUCGUCAUCGGCUUAGUCACGCCUUUCAAGUUGUUCUUCCAUUUACAGCAAAUAUAAUCAUCAGCGUAGUAGUAAAACUCAAAUUGUUUCUAUUUAAGUGCGAAUGACCUUAUAUGGUCAUAGAUGUUUUAUACUGCAGCGCGGCGGUGGCAGACAUUCUCGCGUGCCGGUGUGCACCCUCAUCUGCAAGACGAGAAUUUGAAAAAAAUAAAAAAAUUAAAUAAAAAAAUUAAAUAAUAAAUAAAAGGUGGUGUUGGGAGGAGGAGGGUUGGGAGGUAGGCGAAUAUGAAAGCGCCGGCGCGGACUUUUUCUCGGAAAACACACGACAAAUAAAAAAGAAAGAGUCCCAUUCUGUAUAGAAGAUAAGCUCUUUCUCUGUGUGUGUGUGUGUGUGUGUGUGUGUGUGUACUUUGUAGCCUAUAGCGUGAAUGACGUGACGUCACGGAAUGCAGCGAAUAGGUGACGUCACCCCGGUGCUGCGCCGUGCGAGUCCCGGUCGCCAUCGGGAGGGCGGAGCUUACCUCUUUCCGGUUUCGUUCAUUCAUAGAGACGUGAGUGGACGGCUUUCGUCGUCAGUCUCCCGCCAGACUUCUUCCGACAUUCACGUGCGGCUUGUUUUGUUUUGUUUUUUUGGGGAGUUUUGUUUUUUGGUUGUUUUCUCCCUCCGUCUUCGAUUGCUUCACUUCAGCCCCAUUCAAUCGACGACGACUACGGCCGCAAAGGAAUUUCUGUUUGAAUUGAAUCAUUCGAAUUUCAAUUCAUUCAGCCGGCCACGUUGAACAUCCGUCUGUGCUUUUGCCCAUUUCAAAACCUUGUGGAACGUCAUCAGCACGUGCUUUUAUUGUUUCUCAUCGGCCGCCAGAAUCAAAAACAAAACCAAAAAGAAAAUAAUUUCACGCUCAGAAAAGAGAAAAAUCGGGAAAAUAUUUGGUGGCGGGAAAAAUAAAAAAGGGAAAAUUCAAAACAAAACACGCGCGCACCUACCGGCAUCACAAAAAAUUCGACACAGACACGUAGACACGCGCUCCAUGAUCCGUUCUGACGACAUUCGGUAGUGCACGUGUUGUUUCGAUUGGCCGGAAUUGUCAAUCAUUGACCGGCCAUCGGCUAGUGACCAGUCGCUCAGUGCUUCGGCGGUUGGCGGAGGAGCCCCACCGGCACGGACUGGUCCCGAGACUCCUCACGCGUCUAGCGGACUAGUUGCAGGGGCAGAACGACUACCCAGCGGCAGCCAAAAUUCGAUUGUCCAGCCGAGCGACCCCUUGACGGAAUCAGCCAUGAUUAUGGACGGAUUGGAAACGAUGUCGUUCGCCGAGACCAACAUUCACGCGUUCCAUCACCUGCUCAAUUUCGACACAUUCAAAGGCGAAAUGCCCGACGAUUCGGUCAACGUCGUCGCCAUGGAACGGAGGACGGAGGCCAACAACGUCAACGACAGCCUCAACACGCCCGGCAUUUCCAGCUUUAUGGAUUUGCCCAUCUUUUUCGGACCGUCCGUCGUCCUGCCGACGCUUCCUUCCGUUUUCAGCGGGACGGGACUUGAUUCGGAUUUGGGUCUGGACGAACCAACGGCGGCUGAGCUGCAACAAGUUGAAAUCGGAUCGAAUUGCGGAAGCAGAAGUAGCAGCAGUUUGACGAACGGAAGCUCGAGCAACUCGAGUUCGAGCAGUAGUAGCAGUUCCAGCAGCAGCUCGUCGAGUUCGACGUGCAGCAGCAACCCGGCGAGCGUGGCUGGCAGCCCGGCCGGAAUAAUUCCAGUCGAAGAGGAUCUGGACGUGGCCAUCGACAGUCCAGUCAGGCCGGAAGGCGUUAGCGAUAGUCACAGUCCUCGAAGGAGGGCGGAAGAAGCGAUCGACGACGACGACGACGAGGCAUCGAUAGAGAUGUACCCGACGGACGGAAUUCAUCCGCACGCUCAGGUGUCUGCCCAGCAAAGUAGACUGAUGAGCUACCGCGGCGUGUUCAGCUCGACGGCGAGCGGCAGCCCGGCCGCGUCGGGAGGAAGUCACGGACAUUCAGCUGGCCACCUUUUGUCCUUACCCGGCCCUAUGCCCAGCACGCCGGACAUUCUCUCUCCCAAUACGGGAUUGGCUUCCAUCAACUGGAUCCUGAACACUGCCGCAGCCUCGGCCGCCGCGGGAUCCGGACCCGACUCGAAACCUUCCCUCCUGAAUCCGAUCUUCUUCUUCGGCAACGGUCCGCACCAGCCGGAACAACAGACGGCGGACAAAUCGUCCAGUUCGCACCAGCACCAUCACCAACACCAACAGCAACAGCAUCAUCACCAUCAUCACUUUGACUCGUCGCAGCACGGCGUCCAGGAGAUGGCGCAGCUGGUCCAGCAAGUCAACUAUGACAGCCAGUCGAUUGAGAUGAGCAAACAUUCGAACUCGUUCCAGCAGACGGCGGGAGACGAGUCGUAUGCAUCAGCCCCUUCCAAUCCAUCGCCGCAACAUCAGCCUCCGCCCAAAUAUCAAUGGUCUGGCUUUUCGCCUCCGCCGCCGUCCGUCGGCAAUGACUACGGCGUGUCGGCGGCCCAGCCGCUCAUUCCCAAACAGGAACCGCUGACGACAAUCAGCGCCGGAGGAGCUUAUCCGGGCGGCAGCAGCGACACUGGCGGCAAUUAUUCUGGCAGUUCGGCAUCCAGUACGGCUGGAGGCGGAUCCGCUGGACAGGUCCGGCUGGCGGACUACACACCGUCGACGAGCAAAGGGCACGAGAUCCUGUCGCAAGUCUACCAGCAACAGGGCGCGAGCGGAGGAGGCGGCGGACCGAUCCGGCUGGUGCCGGUCAAAGCGCGUCGCUAUCCGGUCCGUCCCAGUAAGACGCCCGUUCACGAGCGACCGUACGCUUGUCCGGUAGACUCGUGCGACCGCCGGUUUUCGCGCUCAGACGAACUGACGCGCCACAUCCGCAUCCACACGGGCCAGAAGCCGUUCCAGUGCCGCAUCUGCAUGCGAGGCUUCUCGCGCUCCGACCACUUGACGACUCACAUCCGCACGCACACGGGCGAGAAGCCAUUCGCCUGCGACCAGUGCGGUAGGAAAUUCGCCCGAUCCGACGAGAAGAAGCGGCACGCCAAAGUUCAUCUGAAGCAGCGGGUCAAACGUGAAUCGGCGUCGCACCGGCUCAGCAGCGCCGCCGCCACAUCGGCCCAUUCGUCCUCGUCCAAUUCAACGACGCCGAUGGGCCAAUUGGGUGGAGCCCGGAGCGCAACGCAGACUCCGUCGACGACGAGCCGGAGCGCCGUUUCGUCUCCGUCGGAUGUGAUCUCAGUGCCAUCUACCCUAGCUCAUAAUAUCAUGUGACGACGCAAAUUCAUCAUCCCUUCGUCGACGCUAACGAACUGUUGGCGCGUUUAGAAGAGACAAAUCACGUAACGCACACAACUACGAGGAGAAAGCCAAAUGUGUUGAUUUUGUUUUGUGGAUUGUACAACCGGCCGAGAUGUUUAACUUUAACUGACUAUUUAAAUUUUGCACAGACAAAACGGGGCAUCUAAAGCAUCGUUCACCUGUUUUUCUAUGUAUAAGUUUUUUUUUUUUCUUUUUUAAAUGAUGAUGUUUUAUCGCUGAUAUUAUUAUGUAUUAUAUUUGUCAGUUGUGUCUUUUGCUACUUUUCUUAUUUUAUUUUUUUUUUUUAAUUUUUUUUCCUGCUGCAUCGUCACAAAGUCGCACUCAACAUACCGCAGAGAAAAAUGUUUUGGUUUCUCUUGGCUUGUUGGUUUUUUUUCAGUGAUUUCAAGGGAGGAUUGUUUUUGUUUACUUUUUUUGGGUUCACAAAAAUCGAACAGACCUCAGUGCCAUCGAUUGGUAUAUAACUAGCUCCUUGUUCCUCAUUUUCAUUCAGUGGCAUCCACAGCGGGACUCCCGCCCCACCCCCUUUAUGUUGAUUUUCGAUUAGCCUCUCCCUCCUCCUCCUCCCUACACCGUACAUACACUACAUUGCUUCCUUUUCCCUUUUUUUUUUGAUCGAGUUGUUGUUGUUGUUGUUGUUCAAAAGUUCAAAAGACGGCGGAGGAGGGGUCCGCACACUUUGUGUUAAUGGUUUAUAGAAUAAGAAAAUCUAUAACAAUUCAAAUUUUGAUACGAUGUAUUUUUGGGGGCUUUUGCUAAUUUUACAAAAUUUUUUAACCUUUGAUAUUAAAUGUCCCGAGCUAUAUUUCAAGCAAGAAAACGUCAACUGGCUUUGAGCCGGCCCUGUCCUGUCUCGUUCAAAUAAAAACAAAAAAACAAAAAACAAAAAAAAAAAGGCGUGAAUGGAAAUCAUAAAGAAAAUUUAUACUCACAUGCUAUCCAUUUUCUACACAUAAAUCUAUAUUUACCUGUUGAUGUUGUUUUUGUUCUUUGUUUUUUCAAUUGCUUCAUUCUAUGAAAUCUUGUUCACUUUUUUAAAUUCUUCUUUCGAUUUUAUUUUUUUGUUUCAUCCAAAUUUUGGCUUUGAAUAUUAUUUUGUACAAAAGGAAAUGAAAAAUCCCAUGGAAAAUCCGAUAAUGUGCACAACGUCGCGUUUUUUCACUGAUUGCUGUUAGACUUUUUGAUAAAACAUUUUACACGAGGGACAUUUUUGUUUAUAAUUUUAAUAAUUAUUUGAAACAAAAAUAUUUGAAUGGCGAUGAUUUAGUGAUACAUCUUGCAACAGAGCUCGAAAGUACACACUAUAAAAAAAAAUGGCAACAACUCACUGGUGCAUAGUGGUCAUUUUAUAUAUUUAAAAAACUGUUGAAUUGUUGUUGUCCUUGCAAAAGUUCUUACAAAUAAUGAAGUUGUGCGAUCGCCAAUUUUCUCAAUGUCUCAAGGCGUAAGAAACGAUUGUCGUUUAUUUUAUCUUGUAACUCGUGUGUUAUUUUCAUCCUAUUUUUUCGUCUGCUGGGCGUGUGGGAAGUGUGUUGUGUGUCUGUUCGAAUGAAUGAGCCACUUUUGUACGUUUUGAUGGCCAAAUGAAAAAGUGAGUACUGCGUUGAUACAAAUAAAGUGUACGGGGAGCCGAGCAUUUCAAUCCUUGAAAAAAAUAAGGACAAAAAAAAAGAAAAAGAAACCAAAAAGAAUCUUGGUCGGCUCCUCUCGUUCAAAAGCCAA